AUGACCCUUUAUCUUUUCCGGCUGCGGAAGCAUGCGCAGAAUGUCUCCGUUCCGAUGCUGAUUUGUCCAAUGUUUGAGCCUCGGCAGAAGAUGAUCAGACGUUUAAGAAGUCUGUCAUUCUUCGCCAUUCCAAGGGUAAUCCUUGCUCCCACUGGUUGUGUCGUUCUCGUGAAGCCUUUUCUGACGUGCUAUAAUGACAUCGUACAGUCCGCCUCCUCCGUUCAGAACGGUAGCGCUCCGUUGCUAACUGGUAUCUUUGUCGUCGUUCCGCCGGUCUUCGUCAGCCGUCGUUGUGCUGCCACGCCCCUGGCUGGCAGAAGUCCCCCAACAGCCUGUGCGGCCCUUGGUAACCCGGGCGACGACCGAGCCGGUAUAAUUUGCGAUGGCGUCAAUACUAUGAGUGGCAGGUUGCUAAAUUUUACGGAGACUUGCCACGGUCUGUAACC